UCGCAGAAGGCUGUGACUAUAAUACAACCUGCAAAUGCCCUACUGGUUUGGCUCAAGAUGAAUAUUGUGGUGGUCAAAUUGGCUGUAACAAUACACACAUCUAUGAAUGUAGCCCUACUGGCAGUACUUGUGAUUAUGGUUAUCAGAUCAAUUGCUCCAUGUGUGGGGCUAAACAGUGUCCCAACCCUGUUGUUUCGGCAAUUUCACUCAAACCUACUAUUGUUACAAGCUCCA